CGGAAACGACCGCCACGGUUCGGUGAGAACCUGAGGUCGCUCAACAGUUGCUACACUGCAGCCAUCCCGGUGAUCUACCAAGAUCUUGAUGUGGUGUUCUCGAACCGUGAAACUCUUAGGGCAGCGGUUUCGGCACUGACCGAGGAUUCCCGAGCACUCCCAUCUCUCGAAUACGCCAGGAGACUCUCCUUAAUCUGUGUCGAGCAAACCACAAUAGCAGCCAAACGGGAAAGAUCCGCGAGCGGAAUGGUGCCCUGGGCAAAGGAACUGAGAACCAACCACGAGAGACACUUUUCUAGAGUCUCAUUUACUAAACCACGCCUCGUUCCAUACAAAGGACGCUCCGCUAAUCGCGACGCACAUUACGCGGAAGAGGACUGGGAGCCAAUAGUUACCCUCCUGGCACGUCUGAACAAACUGCAGCGGUUUUACUUUAUCAUGCAAAAUGAGUUUUCCGCGCCCCUGAUGGAAGCCAUGUUCAUGUAUCAUCCAAAUUGUCAGGUCAACCUGUGGGGGAGACUGUGGAUCGUAUACAGUGCACCGCCGUUGGAAGCUAAAGUACGGGAGAGUGGGAGAACAUGGAAUAACUACAACCUCGUUUUCAAUUUCCUUCGUCUCCCUGGUCUGCAUACGCUCGCUGUUAGCCUUAUGUAUGGGGAUGACCGUGUACCACGCCCCCACGACCUAGAUGAGAUGCUCCCUGAAUUCCCAUUCGCCAUCCUCAAGAAAGAAUGGCAAGAUCUGGCUGCCACCUUUGCUCCUCAAUCACUAUCUAAGGGAUUUUUGGCGAAGUUCGCGAAUGUUGCGAAUCUAUCGAAACUUCUUUCCCUACAGAUCGAAUGCGUUUGCGAUCCAGCUGAUUUGAUUCAAGUGGCCGGGCUAUUUCCUAACCUAGAGCGGCUCUUCAUCGACCCACUCCCCUUGCUUGUUCCCUUGACAGAUACCCCCGAUGAUAACGAUGAUUCUGUUGCCGCCAUCCGAGCAUUUUCUCCCCUCAAAUAUCUCCAGAUCAGCCCUCUUCGGAGCCUGUCAAGUCUGAAAAGAAUAUUAGAACAUUCAUGGACCAUCAUUAAGGGGACUCAUCCUAGACCCGUUACCAAAGGCCCAUAUAUGCGCAGGAGACACGACCGUGGUUAUAGAUAUCCCGAGCUAGAUGCUUCUGAUAUCAGUCAUAUGGUGCAGACUUGUCCAAACUUGGAAGAACUCUGCGUCCCGAUCAGAAGAUCAAGGGGCAGUCGACAAGAUUGCCAGACUUCGGACCUUCAUUAUGACCCCCGGCGGAUUCCAGUGAGGCUAGCCACAGAAACUGAGGAAUCUGUGCUUCAAGAGGCCUUUUCCAAUGCUGCAACGGACAAGAAACUCGCUUUCGGAAUUUGGGACCUCAUGUCAUCCGGUAGUGCCAAGAAUCAUUGCCGUCUGCGUGUGGCAUCUUUUUGGGCAUGA